CUGAUUAGAUUCGCCCUUCUGCAGUUUCCUUCAUGUUCACGUCCCCAAUGAAGCUUUUCAUUUCUUGGCACCAAAUAUAAAAGAACUUUGUAAUUUCUACUACAAUAGGAUAGUGUAGAAUAGAGUGAGACGGUGAAGUCUCUCCUCUUUCUUUCAGAGAGGUUUCUCUCUAUCGUUCUUGUUCUCUAAUUAGAUCUUUCACAAGAAAUAGAGUUCUGAAAGAUUUCUAUCUGGUUUUUUCGUUUCCAGCGUUCUGUUUCCGGGUAGCGGUGGCUCGUUCAGCACCAGCUUCGCCGGUUUUAUCUCCGGAAAGAGAUGAUUCUAUCACAUCGUCUUCGCCGGCUCUGUAUCCGGGUAGCGGUGGCUCGCUCAGCAUCAACUUUGCCGGCUCUGUUUUCGGGAAGAGAUGAUUCUAUUUCAUCGUCUUCGCCGGCUCUUCACCGGAGUUCUUCCGGUUUCGUUUGAUUGUUACUUCCUGUUCUUCGAUCUACCACCGACUCUCGAUUUGAUCCUCUGUCGCAGUGAUUAGAUUGAUUGUAGACGGCGGUUAUCUUUCUUGAAGUGAUGAUCCGGUUGCGUCUUGGCUUUCUGUGAAGACUGCUCAGUUGGUCUUUCACUGAUUUGUCUCUGCCGAUGGCGGAGUUUCGGCGUGGCUCUUCCGGAGGAGGUGAAGACUCUCUCUUGACGCGUGUUCUCUGAAUCGUUCGUCGAUCGUACACGUGGUGGAUGGAUGUUGCUUUGCUUCCUCGACGGUUCUUUUUUUGGGUUUUGGGCCCAAAAAAUUUGUUUAAUGUUGGUCCGUUUGUCUGGGUUUUGUGUUUUGUUUGUUUUCGGACUUUGCCCAGUUGGGCUUUGAUCCCUUUAAUAAAUAUCCAGAGGAAAAAAAAAAAGGAUAGUGUAGAAUAUUAUUCUACAGUAGAAAUACUUUUUUUUUAACAUUUGCACUAAAAAAGAGUAGAAUAUUAUUCUUAUGACGAAGGGAAUCUGACUAUUUUAUUAUCAUCGUUAUGGACCUCAUGGUCAUCUGCAUUGUUGAAAUUUGUGCCACUUUUGCUGAUUUACUGCAUACGUAGUUCUUUUUAUCUUUUUUUGGCACAUGCAAAUCUGUUGAAAGACAUUUUUUAUUUUUAUUUUUGAAGACAUGUCAAGUUACUCGCAGUUGUGAAAUAUGAUCACACCGACUGACCGAAUAUAAUAUAUCAGAUUGUUACCAUUUUAUCGUUAUAGUUAAUAGAAUUAUAAAAUGUUAAACCCCAAUCUGAAACGUUUAGAGUAAGACGAGAGAGAAAAUUAUUCUCUCGAGAGUCUCUCCUUCCUACUAUCAAAAACCCUAGAACCGCCGCCGGAUUCCCCUCUUCUCGCGGUGGCUGGUGACGUUCCGUCUCCGGUCACCGUGGGACAACGAUUUCGAGUUCUCGUUCCAGCCUCUACCCUUUGCGGUCCCUGCCUUUUCUCUUCUCCUUGCUCGGAUGCUCUGGAUUUCUCUUCGAGAUCUAACAGAAUCCAUGGGAGUCCUUGGCUUCUCUGGAGCUCCGGCGAGAAGCGACGAGUUGUGGGUCUCUCUGGGGCCUUGAUUUGACUUGGAUGCUCCGAUUGUGCUCGGAUCUGGGUCAGAUUCGAGAUCCGAGAGUCUCGCCGGGAUUGUGCGUCGCGUCGCUGCCAACGCUGUCCUAGCCUCUCCGUCUCGCUCCAAUCGCCUUCUUCCUCAGCUCGUUUCAAGGUUUGUUUAGAGCUUCUCUUCUCAGCUCAGAUCUGAGUGACAUGUGGUCUCGAGGCUUGCCACAGAGAACCUCUUUCUAUAGGUCGAGAGCCAACCCCAUGGCGUGCUUUGGCGAUCGUUGUAGUUUCCCUUCUUGCUGGUUGAUGUCUAAAGGUUGGGUUUUGAGGACGACCCUCUCCGAAGGUGUCCUUGCCUGAAUGUGGAGUUUUCGAUCCCCUCUUUGCCCGCCUGUUGUUGUGGAGUUCUCAGUCAACUCUAUAUGUACUUCAUGUUCCCUUAUUGCAUAUCUCCGGUUGAAGCGUUUGUGUCUUCCCUUGAUGGUUCUUACCGCAUAUUGUGGUCGCGUGGCCGGUUUGAGGAGCUUGUUUGUACCGCCUACGUUUGACUGGAGCUUGCUCUUCAUUUUCAGCGGUGGACUGUCGGGUUUACACUUCCACUCUCUCCCAUGUUAGCUGAAGGCUAGUUUGAUCGGCGUCCUCCUCCUGUGGUGCCCCGGAGCCGUUGCCAGCCGCCUCCGUUGAAGCCGCUUGGAGCCACCUUCAGGUGAGUGUUCGUCUGAACGGCCUACAGCUAUUCUCUUGGUUCCUUUCGGUGAUCGAGAAGUGGUAUGUUUGGGAAGUCAUAUGUUGUCUCUUGUCCUAGUUCACUUAUUAAGUUCAUGGCUUACCUUCAUCGGAUUGCUUUGAUCUUAAUCCUAGUUCUUAGGGGUUUUUUUAUUUUUUUGCGGCCCUUAAGAACAGAAUGGCUUUAUAAGCAAAUUCUGGUUCAAUCACAAUUGUAACCAAACCUUCAUUCACUGUAAUGAUAUUUACAUUCUUAGAAAAAAAAAAAAAAAUGUUAAACCCACCAAAAUAUAAGAAAUACAGAAUGCACAGGUUAAAUGGAUGAUGUCAGGUACACAUAUGUUAUCCAAUAAAGUUACAAAAAAAAAACUUAAUGCAAAAAUGGACGGAUCAUACCAAAAGGGUUCAUGGAGUACAUGCAUGCACUCCAUUGUUUUAUAAGAGUACGUACAUUUAGAUAACAGAGAUAUCAAUUACGUUCACUUAUGUACACUCAAUCUAUAAGCCUGUAAAAUUUGAUAGUUGACUCGGUGAACAAUACUUACGUAAGGAAUGAGUCUACCAAAUGAAUCGUAUUUAAGCAGCAUAAUGAUGUGUCAGGACUCGGGAGGAUUAUUAAGACAAAAUAGGAAGCAUGUGGGGAGUAGUUGAUUAAUCAUCAUUGGUUUAAUUAAAAAAAUAACAACCACUAAUGUUGAUUAUUUUUCUUCUUGUUUCUUAAUCACGACCUACUACUUAGACUAAUCAAGUGACAUAUAUACAAGAGCCCAACAUGGGGCUGGCACUAUCAUGACAUGUGGAAGCUACCACGAUGAUGGACAGUCACAUGCUAUGUCGCUUAUCUUAAUUCGACCGCUCCAAAAAUUAAAUUACGAGCCAUCCGUUGUCUUGCAGCGAUCUCAAAUUAUGAGCAUUUUUUUAUUAAUGGGCCCAGGAAAAAUCUAAAGCUUAUCUCAGUGGGCUGCUUUAAAUGGGCCUACCUUGGCACGCGGGGAAAGAGACCCAGGAAACACGCUCCGUCUACCGAAUCACAUAUGGCGCGUGUGGAUUAACGGUCUAACGCAGAAGGUUAACGGUAAUAGCGCGGCAAGUGGGAAGCAGGAAAGAAUAACACUUUACAAUGGAGUAAAAGUCAACGACGACGGCGGGAAUUGCUUUGAAAUGAAGCUAAUACCUUUUUUUUAUUCGGUCUUCCUUGUCUACCUUCUAUCGUUUUCGAUAUUCUCGAAGCAUCGUACACUUGAGAGGUCUCCUAAAAUCUUAUAAUCUGACAAAAGCUAAGAGUUUUUUUUUCUUUUUUUUUUUUUGUGUUUGGUCCGAAGGAAGAAAAACAAGAAUGACAGAUUGGGUUGAUCUGGGGUUAGGUUCUAUUGGAGGAGCUUUGGUCUCGGAGGCUCUGAAACUUGUGAUCGAGGAAGCAAAGAAGUACAAAUCCUUUAAACCCUUGUCCAAGGAUCUCGUCUCAACGAUGGAGAGACUGCUUCCAUUGACCAAAAAGAUUGAUUCCAUGCAAAACGAGCUAGACCUUGGUUCAGGGGAGCUAAAGCAGCUAAGGGAGACGAUCGAAAAAGCUCGUGUUCUGGUUCUCAAGUUUCCAAGCGUCCGGUUCUACGAGAAGUCUAACUACACCAGAAAAAUAGUGGAAAUCAAUGAAGAUUUGGCCAAGUUUUGUGACAUUGAUCUACAGCUUCUUCAGUACAGGAACCAGUUGACGUUGCUGGGUGUGGCGGGAAACCUUGUGGAUAAGGUUGACGGUUUGAGUAAGAGAAUGGACGGAUUGAUGAGUGUUCCUGUCCCUGUUUUUAGAGAUCUUUGUUCGGUUCCUAAGCUUGAUAAGGUGGUCGUUGGAUUGGAUUGGCCUUUGAUGGAGCUUAAGAAGAGACUCCUUGACGAUGCAGUGGUUAGUCUCGUGGUCUCUGCUCCUCCUGGGUGCGGGAAGACCACGCUAGCUAAUCAGCUUUGCCACGACGCAGAUGUCAUAGGGCAUUUCAAGCAUAUCUUCUUUAAUGUUGUCUCAAGUACUCCUAACUUUAGGGUCAUUGUACAGAAUCUACUUCAGCACAGCGGCUACGCUCCACAUACGUUUGAGAACGACUCUCAAGCAACCGUUGGGUUAAGGAAACUGCUGGAGGAACUCAGAGAAGACGGUCCUAUAUUGUUGGUGUUGGAUGAUGUGUGGCGAGGAGCCGAGUCCUUGCUUCAGAAAUUUCGAAUUAACUUGCCAGAUUACAAGAUCUUGGUGACUUCUCGGUUUGAUUUUCCGAGUUUUGGUUACAACUAUCGUUUGAAACCUUUGGAAAAUGAAGAUGCAAAAGCCCUUCUGAUUCAAUGGGCAUCGCGGCCUCAUAACACAUCCCAAGCUGAGUACGAAGAUCUUCUCCAAAAGAUACUGAAACGCUGUAAUGGAUUCCCAAUUGUUAUUGAAGUAGUUGGCGUUUCACUUAAAGGACGAUCUCUAAAUACGUGGAAAGGGCAGGUGGAAAGCUGGUCUCAAGGGGAAACUAUUCUUGAUAGUCCUUCUCAGCCUACUGUGCUGGAAUGUCUUCAGCCUAGCUUCAAUGCCCUGGAACCUAAUCUGAAGGAGUGUUUCUUGGACAUGGGAUCGUUUCUUGAGGACCAAAAGAUACGUGCUUCUGUAAUCAUUGACAUAUGGAUGGAAUUAUAUGGUAAAAAUAGUAGUAUCUUGUGCAUGAAGUACCUUGAAGACCUUGCCUCCCAGAAUCUACUUAAACUUGUUCCUCUCGGAAAUGAGACUGAAGAUGGUUUCUACAAUGAGUUCUUAGUCACUCAACAUGAUAUCCUCAGGGAGUUGGCUAUCCGUCAAAGCGAAUUGGAAGCAAUCUUGGAAAGAAAAAGACUAAAUUUGGAGAUAAAAGAGGAUACAUUUCCAGACUGGUGUUUGAAUGCACCAAGGAACACUGUUGUUAAUGCCUCUCUGUUGUCUAUAUCUACAGAUGAUUCAUUUACAUCAUGUUGGGUUGAAAUGCAUUGUCCAAAUGCUGAAGUUUUAGUUCUUAAUCUCUCUUCAUCAACUUAUGCAUUACCGAACUUCAUUGCUACGAUGAAGAAACUGAAAGUUGUGAUGAUCAUAAAUCAUGGUUUUGAACUUACAAAGUUGACCAAUUUGUCUUGUCUCAGCUUACUACCAAACCUGAGACGGAUCAGAUUCGAGAAAGUUUCAAUCACUUUGCAUGACAUUCCCAAACUUCAGCUCAAAUGUCUUGAGAAGCUAUCUCUUUGGUUGUGUCAUUUUAAUGAUGCUCCCAACGAGUUAGAAGACUUAGAAGUUGAUGUUACUGAAACCCUACAGAGCUUACAAGAAAUCGAAAUAGAUUAUUGUUAUAAUCUUGUUGAAUUACCACAUUGGGUAUCUCAAGUUGUUUCACUUAAGAAGCUUAGCAUCACGAACUGUAACAAGCUAUGUAGACUCUUAGAAGGUAUAGGCAACUUGAGAAACCUUGAAAUGCUGAGAGUCAUUUCUUGUAGUAAUCUCUUCGAGCUUCCUAAAACAAGCGAGAGACUCAGCAAUCUGCGGUUGCUAGAUGUUUCUGGAUGUUUCCAACUAAAAACGUUACCUUUAGAGAUUGGGAAGUUGCAGAAACUGAAGAAGGUUUCGAUGAGAGAUUGUUAUCGAUGUGAGUUGCCAGAUUCAGUGAAGAAUCUAGAGGAUCUAGAGGUGAGAUGUGACGAAGGGACUGUAUUCUUAUGGGAAAGAUUCAAACAAAAAAUGAAGAAUUUGAUAAUCAUAGAAGAGGAAACAGAACAUAACCUCAACUUGCUUCAACUGUUCUAAUGUAAGUUUUGCUUGUGUGUGAUAUUUUGCAAGUUUGUAACAUUAGGAAGUAUAUGAAUACAGACAAGAUAUUUUACAUUUGGAAGUAUAUGACUACAGAUAUGAUAAUUUACA